AUGUCAUCAAACAGGCUGCAAGGGCCACCUCAAGCGCCCCCAAGAUUCAGUGACACACCGUCGACGAUUCUCAGCAAGGCUAGGCAUCUGAUAGAGCGCUCUCGAAAGGCGAAAGAUGAGCUUGUGGCACAUGUGCCGCUAGAGGGCGCAACUUUUGCAAACGUUCUGCUACCACUCGCAAACGAUGAAAAUUCAUUGGCAGUUGGAUUUGAAGUUCUCAAAUUCUAUCAGUCUGUGUCGACAGACCCAGAACUACGCGAUGCAUCAGCGGAGGCUGAGAAGCUUUUCAAUGAAUUUGUUCUUGAGACAGAGACUCGGGAAGACCUAUACGACCUAGUCAAGUCGGUUUUCCACAAAAGCAACCUUGAAGAACUGGAUCCGGAAUCAUAUCGACUGUUAGAGAAGAAAUACAAAGAUUAUUACCGAAAUGGAUUGGGACUGCCUAAAUCCCAGCGGGAUCGCUUCAAAGAAAUCCAGAAACAUCUCAGUCAACUGAAAAUCGAUUACAAAAAGAAUCUUAACAGCGAAAAUGGGGGUCUCUGGCUUACCCUGCAGGAAUUGGAUGGAGUACCUGUGGAAUUUAUCUCCACCUUACAGAAUAGAAAAACAGAUGAGAAUCAUUUGGGCAAGGUUUGGUUAAGUUUCAAAGCAGCCGAUAUUUCCAUGGCACUGAGAAAUGCAAAGACCGAAGAAACCCGAAAGAAAAUCUUUAUUGCCAAUGAAAAUAAAUGCCCACGGAAUGCGGAAAUUCUUAAAGAGGCUGUGGUGCUUCGCGAUGAAGCUGCUCGGCUGCUUGGAUAUUCAAAUCACGCAUCCUUUAGAAUAGAGAAGAAGAUGGCCCAAGACUCUGAGACGGUGGAGGUUUUCUUGGAUAACUUGUGGUCCAAGUUAACGAGCAGUGGUCAAAAGGAGCUUGCCGAGCAAAAGCAGUUGAAAAAGGCAGAUUUGGAGUCUCGUGGAAAACCCUUCAACGGCUUUUAUCUCUGGGACCAUUCAUUCUACACUCGACUAAUGAAUCAAAACGAAUUGUCAAUUGACCAGGAGAAGAUUGCAGAGUAUUUCCCUUUGCAAACCACAGUCCAAAAUAUGCUGGGGAUUUUCGAGAAGUUGUUUGGUCUUGUUUUUAAAGAAAUGGUUGUCGAAAAAGGUAGUGACAUUGUUUGGCAUGAGGAUGUCAUGGUUUUCAAUGUUUGGGACGAUGAAGACCUAGGCAGUGGAUUCGUUGGCUACCUCUAUAUGGACCUGUUCUCGCGAGUCGGUAAAUAUCCAAAUCCAUCGAACUGGAAUCUGCAGCCGGGCUUUACUCAACAAGACGAGACACGCUCCUAUCCCUCCACAGCUUUAUUAUGCCAGUUCCCGAAGCCUAGUCCUGGAAAACCCAGUCUUCUAAGACAUGAUGAUGUUGUAAUGAUAUUUCAUGAACUAGGACACAGUAUCCAUGACCUUGUAGCAAAGACUACUUACUCAACCUUUCAUGGUACAAAAUCAACGGAAGACUUUGCAGAAGCGCCUAGCCAAAUGCUUGAGAACUGGUGCUGGAUACCGUCACAGUUAAAAUCUCUGAGUCGACACUACUUAACCCUAUCAACAGAAAGCUCCUGUCUAGGAAAACAAGAACGCCAACCCAAGUCAAGGCCCUCCGACCAAAUCCCGGACGAGAUGAUUACAGGACUUAUCCAAUCCCGUAACUGGAAAAAGGGACUAUAUCACCUGUGGCAGAUAUUUCUGAGUGUUUUUGAUAUGAAAAUCCAUACACCUACAACUCACCAAGAGAUCAUAGAUUUGGAUAUCUCAUCGAAGUUUAAUAGCCUGCGAAAGGCAAUCAGACUGACUGAUGGUCCUGAGACACUAGGUCAGGGUCAUGGAUGGGGCCACGGCGAGGCAAAUAUUCCACACUGGAUGGGCACGUAUGAUGCGGGCUUCUAUAGUUAUCUAUGGUCAGAGGUAUAUGCCCUUGAUAUUUUCUACACGGCAUUCAAGCCUGACCCUCUCAACGCUAAAGAAGGCCGAAGAUAUCGACACCUGGUUCUUGAGAAGGGUGACAGCCAGGAUGGAAUGAAGACCCUGACUGAGUUCUUAGGUCGUGAACCAAGCAGAGAGGCAUUCUUCAAGGAACUCGGUCUGGCUUGA